GAUAUUUACUCAUAAAUUGUUUAUUACACCAGAUUAUUUAAUUUAUUAGGAUUAAUCUUGUAUUAGUGAAUUGAAAAAAGCAAAUUGGAGCCAAAUUUUAUUGGAUCUCUUUCAGCAAAUCGGGUGGAAACCGGAUCCAGAUCUGUAUUGGAUUUGAUUCCCUUCUACAACUUUACGAUCCGUCAUAAUUCUGAUCAUUAACAGACAAGAUGGGCUGUAAGCUCUCUUGCUGUAAAUCUAACUCACCCAGAGUCUCAAGCAAACAAAGAAAAUUCCAAAGAAAAUUUCAUUUUGACCUGGGAAAUGAUCAUUAUCCUCACCAGAAGAUAGAAGAGGAGAUUUCAUCUACCAAUUUACAACAUAUCUCAGAACGUGAACAUCCAGAGGAUUUGGAAGGUGAUCCAUCUACUCAACCAUCCAUAGGACCUCUCUUUAUGCAAAGAUCCAGAAGUGAUAUAAGAUGUGUCAAAGAAAGGCGCAAAAGUCAGCUCAUUAUUUUAGAAUCUAGGCCUCUAAAAAAAUCAAGCUCUUGUUCAACAAUAUACUUGGACGAUAGCACGGUUAGUCAUCCUAAUUUAAAGAACACCAUUAAAUGUGUAACUCUCGCCAUAUAUUAUCAUAUAAAAAAUCGUACAUCUAAUAAUGUCUUGGAGAUUUUUGAUGAAAAAGUCCACCCUCUCUCAAAAGACUGUGUUAAUGAAGAUUAUCUCAAAGAACCGGAUGCAAGGAGUUUGUAUAGAUUUAUGCGAAACCUUUUUACUGCUGCUCAGUUAUCACCAGAAUGUGCCAUUAUAACACUUGUCUACCUCGAGAGGCUUUUAACCUACGCUGAGGUAGACAUUUUACCCUGUACAUGGAAAAGAAUCGUUCUUGGAGCAAUCUUGCUAGCAUCAAAAGUAUGGGACGAUCAAGCAAUUUGGAAUGUUGAUUAUUGUUUAAUUUUGAAAGAUGUAACUGUCGAAGACAUGAAUGAAUUGGAAAGGCAUUUUCUUCAAAUGCUUCAAUUUAAUAUUAAUGUUCCCUCAAGUGUAUAUGCUAAAUACUAUUUUGACCUGAGAACCUUAGCUGAUGAGAAUGAUCUCACUUUAACCAUGGAGCCUUUGAGUAAAGAGAGAGCUCAACGAUUAGAGGCAAUGUCUAAACUUUGUGAUAUUCAUAGAAAUGGUAUUCGGAGAUGGUCAAGUGCUGAAAAGAUAGCCCUGAAUCGUCGAAGCAAAGCCAUAAUUUCAUAGUAUUCUUAAUUUAUUAUAAUUUUUUACUGUCUUUUUUUUGUUUAACGAGAACGUUCAGCCUUUCUGUAAAUAAUGAUAAUUAUAAAAUAAUUGUAAUACUACAAGAUGCCUGUUUAAUAUAUUGGACGACACAACUCCAUCCAAGCCCAAACACGCAACUAUCAAGUCAAUUAUAAGACAAGCAGCAAAAUUAGCGCUAAAAAUCAUCUCAAUUUUGUUUUCAUCGUCUUUUUAUACAUAUUUGUAUACUUGUAAAUAACUACAAUUGGAAUAAACGAAAUGACUUGGAUCUUUCCAUUUAAAAGAAA